AUGUCUAAACCAGCAGUUAGAGCCUUUCAAAAAUCAAUUAUUGAUCGGAAUGAGUGGGAAGAUAAGUUGGCGCAAAUUAAAAUCAAUAGAAGUGAUUUGGAUUCUCUUGUUUUGAAUUAUUUGGUUGUGGAGGGUUAUAAAGAGGCUGCUCAAGUUUUUCAACAAGAAUCAGGCUUGAAGAAUGAUGAUACAAAUGAAACUAAUACAAAUGGAAUUGGAGAACGAGUAACAAUUAGGAAGAAGGUUAUUGAGGGAGAUAUUAUCGGAGCAAUUGGAGAAGUCAAUAUGCUGAACCCACAAAUUCUCGAUUCAUCUCCAGAGUUAUUCUUCAAACUGAAACAACAACAAUUGAUUGAAUUAAUAAGGAGUGGAAAAAUAGAUGAUGCAUUAAGAUUCGCCCAGGAAGAAUUAGUACCUCUUGUAGAGGAUAAUUCAGAGUUUUUACAGGAGGUCGAAAAAGUAAUGAGCUUAUUGGCAUUUGAGGAUCAAAAGUCUUGCCCAUAUUCGAGCCUUUUAGGAAAUGGUCAAAGGCAGAAAACAGCAAGUGAAUUGAAUUCAGCAAUAUUGAAAAGUCAACAGUUGGAAGCAACACCAAAACUUCAACUUCUUUUAAAGAUUUUAAUGUUUUCUCAAAAGAGACUCCAAGAAAAAGUUGAUUUCCCUGCAAUUCUUGAUGUUAUGAAUUGCCACUUAGUGAGAGAGGAAAAUGAUCAAAUGGAUUUAUCCAGAGAUAGUGAACUUUCUGAUGAUGAAGCAGAUUAAUUAUUUGUACACAUUGUAAAUAUUGUAAAUUAAAAAGGUUUAUUUAUUG